AUGGCUACCCCCAGUGUCCUUAAUUUUGAUGCUGAGGGCCAUGCCGUUGACUUUGAGGUCUGGGUCAAUGACCUCCAGCUGUUUCUCCAGUGCGAUAGGGCAGACGGACUCUCUUUGUUCGAUCUCACCUCUAGAGUCUCUCCCGCCCCACCUGCUACUGCUGAAACCAUUGUUUGCUCACAGUGGGCCACACGCGAUGCGGCUGCUCGCCUUGCUGUGCGUCGCCACUUACCGAUCGCUGAGCUCACCCGCCUCCCUGACUCCCUUCGCUUAGUCAAGGACCACUUCCUCUCAGUUUGCCCCACCACACUCACCGUCGACCUCCUCGAGGAGCGCCUCCUAGCAGCAGAGAAGAGCAUGGUCGUUGUAGGAGCCUCUCGUGGUGACCCUCGCACCCCCGUCUUUGAGGGGUGUUCCCCCUCCCCCCUCUUGCCCUCUGUUGCCUCUGGUGCUGCGGCCGACCUCGUUGGUUUUGAGUCGGUCGGCGCUGCGUCUGCCCCGAGCGGGAGACGCCGCACCGGCAAGGGCAAGGGGGGCAAGGGCGCUGAAGGGGCUAGCGGGGGCGGUGGAGGUGGUGGUGGAGGCAGUGGAGGGGGUGGGGGUGGUGGUAGUAGUGGUGGCGGGGGUGGGGGUGUCGGUGGCAGCAGUGGAGGCGGAGGAGGCGGCGGCGGUGGCGGAGGGAGCGGAUGCGGUGGAGGCGGUGGAGGCGGCGGAGGUGGCGGAGGCGGCUGA